AUGCCUCGAGGUCGCCCAAAGAAGCACAUUACCAAUGAGGAGAUAGCUGAGGCUCGACGAGAGCGCAAUCGCCAGUAUUACAUCCGUAAGCGCAAGGCUCAGGCUCCACCAGAGGUCAUCUCCUACGUGCCUGCACUUCCAGGUGCUCCAACUACUACAUACCUAGACCUUGGUCUUCGAAUCAGUGCCGACAUUCCUGUCCCUCGAGAUCCCUUCAUCCAGCCACACGAGUCACCAGAGGACGAAAAUGCAUACCGUCUACGAUCCCCUCUCGCAUCGCUAGCAGUAGACGAUCCCACGACUACAGCACUUGUUAAUCAGCUCCAAGCAAGUGAGCAAGAACAGAUAAGCGGGUGCGAUGAGUACGAAAGGCGUAUACUGGAACGGAUAAAUGAGACAGAUUUAAGAACAGCAGAGAUUCUAAUGGAGAUGCAGAUGGGUAUUGGACACACAAGGGCAAGCGCAGACGAAACAGCAGAGCACUCAGGGGAUGAAAACAGGCCGGUGGAACCAGAUAGCGUACCCACAGAUAGCAUAGCCGGCCAGAGCUAUGCUGUAAGGAGCAGCCUGCUACGUUUGUCUGUUGCGCCUGUUGCUAAGGAAGCAACUGCUGCAGAGGAAGUAAAUGUUGCGAACACUCAUAGUGUUAGCUACACAUUCACACCUACUCUAGCAAAAGCUGCUAAUGCUUCUGCAGGGGCUCUAAACAGCCCACAAAUACCUAACCAGCGGAGCUCUGUUUCCUCCACUCGGUCCAGCACAAGGGAUGGCCGGCGCAAGGCCUUUCCAGCCCAAAGCAACACACUACUGUCCUGGGUUAAGCAUGUACCUAGACAACCAUCUACGAGUAGCAACACACUGCAGCUACUACUACCAUCUCCUGGCUACAGCACACCUCUGCCGCCACCCCUAUCAUCUCACUGUAGUAUCCCUCGCCUGCUACAACUAUUUAACAGCAACAGGACUCCUCAGCCAGCUACGCAAAGAACACCAGCAGCUGCGUCACCCUCACCCGUCACCCACUCUGGUAACCUGCCUAGGCCAGGCGCCGCCCAAGCAGCGUCGGCGGUGCAAUCGACAGCUAGAGGAGACAGUCUACCUACCGAGCGAACUGCAUACAAACUCGCUAAGCACCUACGGAGCUUCCAAGGCUGUACUCACGAGGAGCAUGCAGAGGCGGACAGACGACAUCAGGAGCACCACCAGCGCGCUGACGUACACUCUGCAUGUUCGUCAUUGGAGGAGAUUACGUGCCUGAUCAACGGAGUGCACAAUGGGGGAACACCUCUUCCAGAUAUCCUAAGCAAUCCAAAGCUGAUGAAGUCCUCUUCUCUGCCUGAAGGGCUCGACCUAAAGGCUGCGUUUGAGGGCACGAGCCCCUCCGCUUUCCCUGAAGAUGUUGGCACCCCUAACGAGAAGCUGCCUCGCAACCUGUGCCUACAACAGCAUCACCACAGCAGUAACAAAGGACGUGCUGCUAAGGUCCGGUUUGAUAUCGACAGUGUCUGCUACUUUCCCAGCAGCCUAGGGUUUGCGCGGAACGGCAUCGACUGGCAUCCCAGGGUGCAUCCUAUCCUAAACCUAGAUGCGGACAUCCAUUUUAGUCUUACCGUGUCUGCAUACAGCCGUCGCGGCGACCUAGCGAUGAGGAACCUACCACUGCACAAGAUCCCUCACUACUGCUUUGGGUCUGUUGCAGGCAGCACCAAGUCGCUGCUACUCUUUAUCUUCUUCCCCGAGCUCCACCUCGAAAGCCAGUAUCAGCACAGUACCUAUCUAAGCAAGCAGGACCAGCAGCUCUGGCUCGAUGCUGUGCUGCUUCCUGCCAUCAGCAAAACAGUGGAUGACUCAACCCUAGCGUCAUAUCUUCCAGCCUCGGAGGACAACGCGAGCAGAGCCGUCACUGCAGUAUCGGCAGAGACAUUCAAGCGGAAAGAGAGCACACAUCGCUUUUGCAGCCCUACCCUCUUUGUGCAUGCAAAGAACACGAAGCUUGCGCACAUGGCUGAUGACUUGAGUGUUGCGUACCAGCGCUGGGAGGAGGCCUGGACAGAAGCUGCCGAUCCGCAGUUCUAUAGCAAAGAUCGUACCUAUGUAGACAUUGCGAAGACCAUCACGUCAGAGGACUACGCCUACCCGUACGACUCGGUUCCAGAGCAGUUUGAGGCUGAGACCUUUCUCUGGAAGCGUUGCUGUCUGGAGUCGUAUGCACGCACGUGUGUGAAGCUGCUGGAAGAUGGCAAGCGGGCUCAAGGCAGUCCUCAGGUGGCUACCUACCCCUGGGCCACGAUGAGAGACUCGAUGGGUCAGACGCUAUCCACUGUGCCGCGUGGACAGGAGAACAUGGACGGACUGGUGUACUCGCAGUUCUACGCCAACAUCAAGACACCGUUCGAUGAUUCCAAGGUAUACGUAUUUGACAACGAGGCAAUAGAGAAUCUAGCCCUGGAUCCAGGCUAUGUCCGCUCACUCCAGCAGCAAGGCGGCAGCGCUACGUUCUCUGAGAGCGUGUGCAAGGCUUCCUAUCUCCACAGCAAAAGGCGUGCGUUCUCCAACCUUAGAGACAAUCAGCGGCGGUCGUACGGGAUCCGGGAAGAGCAUCGUGUCUCUCUCACGAUGUUGGAGGAGAUCUGCGAGCAGUGGCAUGAAUGGGAUCUGUACGAUGACAGCAUCGACCACCUUCGGCCGCCACUCCCCUACUUCAUCAUCCCUUCCCAGGCACUCUUUGGCUUCCUGAGCGCACAGAUCAACAAGUACUGUCUCCUGUUCGAGCACACGCUCGUGCAUACGGCCAGGACCUACUCGCUGCCAGAGACCAUGGUGAUGGUCAUCGCGCUGCGAGCGCUCCGGUUCUGCUAUGGUAGCACUAUGCUGGUCCGAGAGUCACUGCUAUACAAGGAUCGCUGGGAGCAGAGGCGUGGGCAGGAGAUGGUCGUGAAGGAAGGGCUUGGGAUGCAGGAGACCAUGGGGAGGUGCGGCCUAGGCUGGUUCCUGCCCAAGUUUCGCUGGGCGAUGCAGCGGCUUACGCAACCCCACGGCGACAACAUGCUCGUUGGCAACCUACUGAUGCAUGCCGAGUACAAGCGCAGGCAACAGGCUGGUACCAGCAGUACAGUAUCCAGCAGCACCCUCGGCUGCUCCGAACAUGGCUGGAGUAUCUACAUGCACUCAACUUGGAGCAGUUCGACACCGACGUAUGGUCAUCGAUGCUGGCAGCCCACAAGAGACGUCGAGAGCUAUCGCCAGCUGCUAGACUUUCUCUUCCUCUGGGACGAUGGCCAAGAGCAUGCAGGAUGGGGAGGCACACCCUAUCGUCUCAUCCUGCAGAAGAGCUUCGAGUUUGUAGAAAGCCAGCUAGGCUACCAGCAGGCGAGCAGGUGGCUGGAUGAGUUCUUCUACCUGGUCCGCCUGACACAUUGGAUCCUGCCCUACCCAUCGAACAAAGCAUUGAUCACGUCCACGAAAGAAAGCUGCACGCAAAACUUGAUAGGGUGA